CAACUUUCAGUCUGUUUCAGUCAGUUAGUGACCAUUGUGCGUGGAACAUCAUUCUUUUUUUUUUUUACUUAUCUACAAUACAAAAAUUUUUGUACACAAAUAAUAUUUCAAUCAUGUUAUGUUAUUGUACUGUCGCGGCGAUAGCAAUUUUAUAUGUACUUUUUGAUGUAAAUUAUUUUAUUAGAAUUAUUUUAACUAUAGCAUGGGGACGAGUUUUUCAAAAUAGAAAGAAGAUUCUUGAGCAAACCACAAUUUACGGUGUGUGCUUUACUCAAGAUAUAGAUUUAGUUUUUAAACAUAUGAAUAACGCGAGAUAUCUUCGUGAAUUGGAUUUUGCACGAUUUCAUUAUUAUGAUCGAACUGGAUUAUUUUCUGCAAUUAGUGCAAAAGGAGGUGGUAUGGUACAAGGUGCAUGUACAUCAAGAUAUCGAAGACCACUUCCAAUUUUUACACCUUACAAAAUUACUACUCAGCUUGUCUAUUGGGAUGAUAAAAAUUUCUAUUUGGAGCACGAGCUAAUAAGUUUAUCGGAUAAUUUUAUUCGAGCUGUGAUUUUAAGUAAACAAAGUGUAACAAAUUUAAAGGUUCCUGUAUCGGAAAUUGUGGCAAAAGUUGAUCCCACUGCACAAAAACCAGAAUUAUCCAAGGAAUUACAAUUAUGGCUCGAUUCAAUGACAGAGUCAUCGGAAAAAUUGAAAAAGAAGAAGUAAAAUUCAAUAUUUAAAAAAAAAAUUGUUUUUUUUUUUGAAAAACUUCAAAAGGGCUCUAAAAACUUACAUCUUAAGAUCUCAAUUUUUUUGUUGUUGAUUUUCUACUGUGUUAAAACUUAUUUAUUUUCUUAUUUAUACUUUUAUUUGUUAUAAAUUAUAAAUCUUGCCAAAAUAUCGCAAAAAAAAUAAAAUAUAAAAAAUAGAAACAAA